AUGAGUGGGUUUCGUGCAUUAGACUUGGUUAAGCCGUUUAGUCCCUUCUUGCCAGAAGUUAUAGCUCCCGAGCGUAAAGUCCAGUUCCAACAAAGGGUGAUGUGGACGAUUAUAACAUUGAUGAUUUUCCUCGUGAUGUCGGAAAUCCCCCUUUACGGUAUCGCCUCGUCAGACUCGAGCGAUCCGUUGUUUUGGUUGAGAAUGAUGUUGGCCUCGAACAGAGGUACGUUGAUGGAGUUGGGUAUAUCGCCAAUUGUCUCCUCCGGUAUGUUGUUCCAAUUGUUGCAAGGUACCAAGAUUAUCCACGUCGAUAUGCAAAACAAGGAUGACCGUGAAACUUUCCAAGUUGCCCAGAAAUUGUUGGCCAUCUUGUUGGCCGUGGGCCAAGCCACCGUUUAUGUGUUGACUGGAAUGUAUGGACCUCCAAAGUCACUUGGCGUGGGCUUGUGUCUUUUGUUGAUUUUGCAGUUGGUUUUCGCUAGUAUCAUUGUGAUUUUGUUGGAUGAGUUGUUGCAAAAGGGAUACGGUUUGGGAAGCGGUGUUUCCUUGUUCACGGCUACAAACACUUGUGAACAGGUUUUUUGGAAGGCGUUUGCUCCUACAACUUCUUCAUCUGCAAGAGGCACUGAAUUUGAUGGUGCGGUUGUUUCCAUGUUCCACUUGCUUGGCUCAAGAAAGGAUAAAAAGAGAGCCUUGAUUGAGUCUUUUUACAGACCAAACUUGCCCAAUAUGUUCCAAUUGAUUGCAACCAUUGUUGUCUUUUUCGCCGUUGUCUACUUGCAAGGCUUUAGAAUCGAGUUGCCCAUGAAGUCCACAAGACAAAGAGGACCCUAUGGUUUAUAUCCAAUUCGAUUGUUUUACACUUCAAACAUUCCCAUUAUGUUGGAGAGUGCCUUGGCUUCAAACAUUUUUAUCAUGUCACAAUUGUUGUUCAUGAGAUGGCCAGACAACUUGUUUGUUAAAGUCUUGGGCACUUGGGACGCUAGGCCCGGCUCAGCUCAAUUGUACGCUAAUGGUGGAUUAGCAUACUACAUUCAACCACCUUUCAGCUGGGCCGAAGCCUUGUUGGACCCAAUCAAGACCACGGCGUAUAUUAUUUUUGUUUUGGGGUCUUGUGCUGUGUUUUCAACUACAUGGAUCGAGAUCAGCGGCACUUCGCCAAGAGACGUGGCCAAACAGUUUAAAGAACAAGGCUUGGUCAUUGCUGGCCACAGAGAAACUUCCGCUUACAAGGAGUUGAAGAAGAUUAUCCCCAUUGCUGCUGCUUUUGGCGGUGCCACCAUUGGUGCCUUGUCGGUUGUUUGUGAUUUGAUGGGUACUUUGGGAAGCGGUACUGCCAUCUUGUUAGCCGUGACUACAAUCUAUGGAUACUAUGAAUUGGCCGUCAAGGAAGGUGGUCUUAAUAAAGCAAUAGUGGGUGGAUUUUCCGAUGGAAUUUAA